AUGGCCUUUAACCAGCCUGUCAAGCUGUACUCAAUGAAGCUCCAGUCCUCUGACUUCGGUGAGUCCUUACUCUUCCUGGGUGCACCUAAAUGUUGCUCAGGUCCUAGUAAAACACCUGUACUAGGCUAGUUUUAUUCAAGAAAAGGAAAGCCUUUGAAAUGUCUUCCUUUGCCCAUGGAGUAGAUGUUGGAAUGAUCACAGUCUAUCAUGUGUGUUGAGUUCCCAUGCUUGCUUGUGUUGCCUUGUUGUCUCAUACAUACACAUACACAUACACAUACUGGACUUCCUUUACACCCUCCUACAGCCCAGGCACCUAAGUGUGUGAAGAUCUUCAUCAACCUGCCUCGCUCCAUGGACUUUGACGAUGCUGAACGGAGCGAGGCCACCCAGACCCUGGACCUGGCAGAGGAGGACUUCAAGGACGACGGGCUGAUUCCACUGAGAUACGUCAAAUUCCAGAACGUUCAGAGCGUCACUGUAAGUCGCGAAACAAUUUUUUUAAGGUGCUACUUUGUGAUAUACUUUGUGAAAUGAUCGGCAAACCUACUGAGUUCAAUGCACUUGCUCGUUCGUAAGAGCAUCUGCGAAAUGACUACUUCAAUUAUCAUUUAAUGUUAUGUUUUAUGUUGUCUCCUGUGUAACCAUGUGUAUGCCGCUUACUUGGCCAGGGCUCACUUGAAAAAGAGAUGUAUGUUAUCUUCUUAAAUAAAGGAUGAAUAAAAAAUUUUAAUAUAGUUGUAAACCUUUCAGAAAAUUCCUUUCACUUGUCCCGGUUCUUAACUCUUGUGUGGAUGGAGUAGAAGGAAGCCACUUUAGACUAUUGAGUUGUAGCUCUGGUGUAAUUAGUGGUGUAAAUAUAGGACAAUACUGCCAUCUAGUGGCAGAAAGUGGUAAUACUUUCCUCUCCUGGUCAACUGCAACAUUACACUCUAGCUGUGAUUUAUAGGGUGUUGCUAUACUGCUUGAUUUGCAUUAUAGGUUCCAACCGAAACCUGCGUGAAGUGAAAUCCUUUUAGUUUCUACUGGUUAUUAUAUUAUGAUUAUAUUAUUAUAAUGAUGAACCUGUGGUUCUUCCAUGUGUCCUAACAGAUGUUUGUGAAGAACAACCAAGGGGAUGAGGAGACAACUAAAAUCAAGUACCUUACUUUUAUCGGGACCCCUGUACAGGCAACAAACAUGAACGACUUCAAACGGGUAAGAACAGGCCUCAGGUCAGGUAAACAGAAAUGA